AUGGAAUCAAAAUCUCGGCGGCGUACUCGCUUUGGGGAAGGUCAGGGCUCCAAUUCAAAGGAUCUACUGGUGGAUGCUGAUACUAAACGCACAACAAAGUUUUCUGGAGGGACAGGUCUAUUGGCACUGUCGCUCCAAACAAAGGGCAAACUGUCAGGCAUAGGAAAGGUAGAGGCAGAAGACACGAUCCACGUUCCAAGGCUGCCUUUGAAAGCGAACCUACCCACAUCUACUCCAUCAAAGCCGCCCCCUACGCGGAAUGAGAGCCCAUGGAACACUUACACCAAGCUCCUCCCGGUGAAGAUGGUUAUCGUGAAGAAGCUUGCUGCGAAGAAAAUCCCUUCUGACUUCGCCAAAGAGAUUGCAAAAUGCCAGCAUGAAAACUUGCUCUCCGCUCUAGAGCUUUAUAAAUAUGAGGGCUCAUUUUUCAUUAUCACCGACUACACCGCGGCUACUCUUAAGCAGAUCAUCGGGAGCAGCUCACGCCCUUUGAAUGAGAUCCACAUCUCGGCCAUCUGCCAACAGGGAAGCUUCCCUCUCCGUGUCUUACAUGGCAUGCAACAUCUGUCCACAUUUGGUCUUGCUCAUCAAAAGCUGAACAGCUCAAGGAUUCUUUUUAUGCCUGAAAACCCCGUCUUUCCAGAGAAGUCAGGUCUCGUGAAGAUAGCCCACUUUGACGAGUGCCAGCUAGUGCAAUUAAUUUCAGCCCGCCCACUUGGUACGAUUGCUUUCGAAAUGAUGGAGGGUGGUAGCCGGCCAGAGAGAGAGGACAAGCUGGUCCUAAGUCACCCAGAGCAGUGGUCGCCACAAGCAUCCAACUUUCUCUAUGCCACUCAGUGGGGGACUUUAAAAGAUAUCGAAGAGCAUGAGUUUGUAAAUAGGGAUGUAUCGCCGACAGUCAUGGUUCCGUUUAUCGAACACGCGCGAUGGGACUACGUUGAAAGUCUAAACCUGUUAAAAUAUUAA